GGGGUCUUAAGGGGCGGCGAGCGCAGGUCGGAUUUCCUCCGAGGCUGGCGAUCAGCGGAGCUCCCACCGUCCCCUAGAGCUCGCUGCAGCCGCCCUGCCCCGCGCCCUCCGGAGACCGGGACGGGACCAUGAUGUGGACACGCUGGCUCGCGCUCGCGCUGGUGGCCGUCGCCUGGGUCCACGCCGAGGAAGAACUUAGGAGCAAAUCCAUGAUCUGUGCCAAUGUGUUUUGUGGAGCCGGCCGGGAAUGUGCUGUCACAGAGAAGGGAGAACCCACCUGCCUCUGCAUCGAGCAAUGCAAACCUCACAAGAGGCCUGUGUGUGGCAGCAAUGGCAAGACCUACCUCAACCACUGUGAGCUGCAUCGAGACGCCUGCCUCACUGGGUCCAAAAUCCAGGUCGAUUAUGAUGGACACUGCAAAGAGAAGAAAUCUGUCAGUCCAUCUGCCAGCCCAGUCGUUUGCUAUCAGUCCAACCGCGAUGAGCUCCGGCGUCGCAUCAUCCAGUGGCUGGAAGCGGAGAUCAUUCCAGAUGGCUGGUUCUCGAAAGGCAGCAACUACAGUGAAAUCCUAGACAAGUACUUUAAGAACUUUGAUAAUGGUGACUCUCACUUGGACUCCAGCGAAUUCCUGAAAUUUGUGGAGCAGAAUGAAACUGCCAUCAACAUCACCACCUAUGCAGACCAGGAGAACAACAAGCUGCUUAGAGGACUCUGUGUUGAUGCUCUCAUUGAACUGUCUGAUGAAAAUGCUGACUGGAAACUCAGCUUCCAAGAGUUCCUCAAGUGUCUCAAUCCAUCCUUUAACCCUCCAGAGAAGAAGUGUGCUCUGGAGGAUGAAACAUAUGCGGAUGGAGCUGAGACCGAGGUGGACUGUAACCGCUGUGUGUGUGCCUGCGGAAACUGGGUCUGCACAGCCAUGACCUGUGACGGAAAGAAUCAGAAGGGGACCCAGACCCAGACAGAGGAGGAGAUGACCAGAUAUGUCCAGGAGUUCCAGAAGCACCAGGAAACAGCUGAAAAGACCAAGAGAGUGAGCACCAAAGAGAUCUGACGAGACGGCAUCUGGAACGGUGUCCAGAACCCGGCACCUCCUCUUCCACUUCAGCGCUGAGUCCAGUAUACGCAAGUGUCUGCUACAACCGCCAAAUCACCAGUAUUUGCUUGUAUAGCAACGAGUUUUAUUUUGUCUAUUUGUUUUGCAAUAAAGGCAAUGAGGGUGGCUGGCUAGGAGGGGAAGGGCCAUAGCCUUCAUUUCUAGGAGUGCUUUGAGAGAAACUGUGCAAAUGGUGCUCAGGGGCUGGAGGCAAGUAAGGAAACUGCAUCAGGGUUGGCAAAGGAGCGGACCCAGAUCUAAACCACUUCUGAGUCUCCCACAGCUAUAACCAUGCUGCAGGGAGUGCAAGCAAUGCCAGAGAGAGCCUAGCGCGCUGUCCUAGAGAGGAGGGGUUUGGGAAGCUCAUUGGAGAAGAACGCAUUCUGUUUCCAGCUCUUCCUGUUGCCAUCAGCAUAACAGACCUCCAGCAUCUGUGCUUCUCCUCAUGGCCCCAACCACUGCCUCUAGUUACACAGCCAUCCUGCUAGUUACCCAGUGUCCCUCAGACCUGACGGAGUUUCUGGGAGAGUGCACCCAAAUGAUGCAGAUACUUGUCUACUUUGAGCCCCUUAGAUACCUAACCAAAUUUUUAAAAUACUUUUUACCAAAGGUGCUAUUUUUCUGUAAAACUUUUUUUGGCAAGUUGACUUCAUUCUUCAAUUAUUAUCAUUGUAUUAUUGUUGUUGUUUUUUAAUAUUUUAUUUUCUUGACUAGAAAUUAAGCUUUUGUAAUUAUUUUUCAGUAGUCCUACCAUUUCAGAGGUGGGCGAGUUUGGAGUUCUUCCAGACUCCCUCAACCCUGUCACAUACUAGAUGCAGCCCAGAGUUUGCCCCCUGGCUUCCAGUGGGUCAGCAGUCUGCCAAAGGAGCAGCCAGUGCCUCAGACAGAAGCCAAGGGAAGAACGAGCAUCUCCACACAAAGCUUUCAAGAUCCAGAAAGCUAAUUUGUUUUCAUUUAUCCUGAUAAGUUCAUGCAAAUCAGUAUUCCAAAGGAUGGAGACAAGUACAGCUAAGCAAGGCUUAGAUAUCCAAGCCUAUCAAGAUGCUCAUUGAUCCACCACUAAGAGAGUGACUUUGGCCCUGUCUCUCCUAUUUCUGGGCCUCAGUUUCCUCAGUGAGCAGGUAGGAAUGCAUUAACCUUUCAAUUUGAUAGAUAAUCAAUUCUGCGAUUCUGAUGAUCAGUCCAAGAAGAUAGGCUCCUGUGAUUUUCCCUGUCCUUAGGAUAAAUGAAACCUUGUUGUUAGAACAAGAAGAGUCAGACAGUCAAAAACGAGACGACCAAAUCUGACCUCAGGCUGAAUGGCCCCACAGCCUGUGCUCUGAUGUAGAGCCCUCUCAGGUGAAGCCUGCCCAGGAAGAGAGUGGGAAAGAGAACCACUCCACCUUGUCUUCACGUUUGCAUUUCAUAUUUAACCUUGGAAACAAAUGCCUUUCCCUUUAGAAAUGAGGACAAAAGAAAGUUUCACAUCUCAAGAGGGGGAAUAAUGGAAAUUGAAUCUUACAACUGUGAUUGGGAAGAAGUCAGUUGUUCCUGUGUCUUUUGUGAUUAUUAACCCCACUCAAUACCAUGUUUAAGAUGCAUUUGGAAUAACAAAGGUUAGAAACUUGAUGUAAGAUCUCAUUUUCAGAAAGCAGAUUACAGACCACCAGAGGGAAAUUAUGUGUGGGUUGUGCUGCACAGGCAACUCUGAGAAGGUUGUGCUGAAAAUGGAAUUCCUUCUAAGCAAGUUUCCUUGUUCUCCUUGGAAAGGAGGACAUGCCACUUUGUUUAGAAUUCUGAGCUUUUAUAUAUCAUCCCACUUCAAAGCUCUCUUCGAACCCACUUGUGCAGCCCGAAAUGCACCUCCCUGUCCAAGUGUUUCGGACAACCCCCAAUAGCAUGCUUUGAUCAGGUUUUGCCAGUCCUUGGACAGUAAGGAAAAGAGGGCAGAAGUACCAGCCUGUUUAAAGCAAGAAGCCAGAGUGUCUCCUCACCAGUUACAUUGAGGACAGUGAUUGCCAUCCUUACCCUGCAACAUUGGAUUCUUGAGAGCAAAUCUGCAUUCCUCCUGUCAAUAGGGAAGCUGCUGUCUGCACCAUAGAAUCACGUGAUCUGAUGACCAUUCACAGAAAGCUGCUAACUAGCCUAGUUUGGGGAGUCUUGCAUAGAGCUUUGCAUGGAGCAAAUAAAUAAGAUUAAAUCAGGUUCAGUUCCUCCAGCUCUAAAAGCACAGGGCUUAGACUGCAAGCUUCCUUGGGCUUUCUCUGUGUGUAUAUGGUUUUGUAAACAUAUUACAGCAUCUGUUGAGAUUCAGUGUCCAUGGAAACCUUCUCACAUGCCAUGACUCUGGACUCCAUCACUGUUUUUGGAAAGCAGGGCUCCUCCACCUGCUAAUAAACCCAUGUGGACCAGUCUGAAUGUCUUUCCUUUACACUUAUGUUUUAGACUAUUUCGAAAAGCAAUUUGAGCAGGUUUCUGUUGCCUCUGUUUGUGAAAUGUAUUUGUAUUUAGUAGGCUUCCAUAUUGCAUUUAACUUGUUUUUGUAACUCCUGAUUUUCCUUUUUUUUUUUUGGAUACUAUUGAUAAAUAAAGAAAUUAAAAUAA